ACAUGUACAUGUACAUAGAACUUACUUUUAGGAUUCUUUCCUGAUGUUGGAGGAGGCUACUUCUUACCAAGACUGAAAGGAGAACUUGGAAUGUAUUUGGCUCUAACUGGUCACAGAUUGAAAGGACGUGACGUUCUUCAUGGUGGGAUUGCAACUCAUUUAAUUGGAAAAGAGAAGAUUCCGUCGCUGUUGAGUGAACUCACUGAAUCAUGUGAUGAUCCGAUUAUGAAGAAAGAUCCUCAUUAUGUUGUUAAAUCAAUAUUAGACAAAUAUCACAAAGAGAGUCUCAAUAUUGAUGACAGGAGCUUUUCACUCACUCCACACUUAGAGCUCAUUGACAAGUGUUUCUCUGGAGGUAGUGUUGAAGACAUUCAGAUGUCUUUGUUAAAUGAUGGCUCAGAUUGGUCAAUCAAUCAGCUCCAAUUACUCAGUAAAAUGGUAAGUAUAAGGAUUAUAGUAACUUACUGUAGGGGCUUGCUCCCAUUCAUAAAUUCCCAUUUUCAUUUGGGUAUCAUCCAUCUACCCAUCCUAUUUAUACUGGUCUUGUGGACACACAACUUGUCAAAUAUAUUUAUUGAAUGCUGUGGUUUAUAGCCCCACCUUGUGGAUUUAU